AUGCCGUCCUUGCCCAUCCGAUACCUGCAAGAGGGUAGCACGAUUAGUCAUUAUCACAUGAGGGACGGCAGUAGCAAGCGUCGACGUCACACCCUGCCACCCACGCUUCCCCUCGUCGCCGUCGCCAUCCCCCACGCUUCCCCCCACCGUCGCCCUCGCUUCCUCCCGCUGUCGCUCACACUUUACUCCAUCGUUGACCACGCUCCCCCUCCCGUCGCUUUCGCUUCCUCCCACCGUCGCCCUCGCUUCCUCCCACCGUCUCCCUUGCUUCCUCCCCCCGUCGCCUUCGCUUCCUCCAACCGUCGCUUUCGCUUCCUCCCACCGUCGCCCUCGCUUCCUCACACCGUCGCCCUCGCUUCCUCCCACCGACGCCCUCGCUUCCUCCCACCGUCGCCCUCGCUUCCUCCCACCGUCGCCCUCGCUUCCUCCCACCCUCCCCUACACUCCGCCGUCGUCAUCACUUCCCUGCCUAUCACGUUCACCCUCUUCGUCACACGUCGCCUCUCUCUCUCCCCCUAUUCUACCUUCACCACUCCUACCGUCGUCCAUGGUUACCACCCCACACUUGAACCCUUCUCAUUCUCUCACAUUCUCCCUUCUCCCUUGCUUCUCGCCCACAAUAAACGCAGAGAUGAUGUGAAGGAGGAGGGGACGGAGGAGGGGAGAGAGGAGGAAAGGGAGGAGGAGGAGGAGAUUGGAGGGAGAGGAGAGAUAGUGGAGAGGGCUGAGGAGGGGAAGAUUGGAGGGAGAGAAGAGGGAGUGGCGAGGGCUGAGGAGGGGAAGAUUGGAGGGAGAGAAGAGGGAGUGGCGAGGGCUGAGGAGGGGAGAGAGGAACUUGGCGAAGAGGCAGAGGGUGGGGACGCUCCCUCAAGGGAGGGAAGGGCGAGAGGAGAGACGGGAGUGGAAGGCGAGCAGGGUAUGGGUGUGGGUAUGGGAGAGGACGCUGUAGGGGAGGGGUGGAUGGAGGAGGAGAGACAGAAGCUGCAGGCGCUGCUGUGUGCUGCGGGCCUCACUCUGCUGGCAGGGGGGUCCAGUCAACCCAGUCAACCUGGUCAACCAAGUCAACAGGGUCAGCACCUCGGGAUUCGAGCAGCUGAGAGUGAAGGUGGGUUGGAGAAGGUGAGAGUGAAGGUGGGUUGGAGAAGCCUGUCUCGAAAGGCGAAUAGUAUGAGUGGAGAAGGGGGAGUGGUGGGAGGCGGCGUGGAUGCGGUGGGAGGUGGUCUUGCUCGCCCAACAGUAGAUGAUGGUGAGGCAAGGGAUUUACGGGCGAGAGGAGGAGGACAAACGCCAGGUGCACUGGGAGGGGUGCAGAGUGAUGCUGACGAGGCGGAGGAAGGGGCAGAGAAGGAGGUGAGGAGUGAGGGUGGGGAACAUGGAGAUGCGUCAGUGCAAAAGAGGAGGAGAGUUGGUGCCACCGCUGGACAGGAAUCAAGGGCUUUCUCAACAAUGCGAGUCACUGGCGAGCGUGGUAUCACAGGCGAUGGUAUCACAGCGUGGUAUCACAGGCGUCAUCUCAUCCCCCCAUCAUCUCAUCCCCCCAUCAUCCCAUUCCCCCAUCAUCUCAUCCCCCCAUCAUCUCAUCCGCCCAUCAUCUCAUCCCCCCAUCAUCUCAUCCCCCCAUCAUCUCAUCCCCCCAUCAUCACAUCCCCCCAUCAUCUCAUCCGCCCAUCAUCUCAUCCCCCCAUCAUCUCAUCCGCCCAUCAUCUCAUCCCCCCAUCAUCUCAUCCGCCCAUCAUCUCAUCCCCCCAUCAUCUCAUCCCCCCAUCAUCUCAUCCCCCCAUCAUCUCAUCCGCCCAUCAUCUCAUCCCCCCAUCAUCUCAUCCGCCCAUCAUCUCAUCCGCCCUUCUUCUGUCUGCCAUGCAUCCAGUCGUGAUGAGUAUAGGGUUUGAUGAUACUAGUCAUCUACAAUAG